AAAUCCAUCAAUCGGUCGAUCCAUCGCGGAAUUCCUCUUCGAAGUUGGAGCAGAUGGCGAGCAGUGAAUAGUGAUGACUCUUCUUGAUCAGUUGCAAGUUACUUGAGCUACUAUUGCAUUGUGGAUUCGUCAAUCUCACUCUCCAUUAAUGGACUUAGGGUCUCCAUAGAUCGGGGAAAAUGGCGACUUUUCUGCCUCAGUUUCAGAGCAUCAAGACGGCCUUCGAUCACGUCGUUCUUGCUGUGGAAGAUGUGAGCGAUCUGUGGCCCACUGUGAAGAAGGAGUUUCAAGAGAGGCUUCCAUUCAAAAGGGUUUUCCUAAACAACAAGACCCACAACUCUGUGCUUGUGAAUGAAUUACCUGCCGAGUAUAUACUGACAACAGAUUCCCGACUUCGUAGUCGGUUCCCUCAAGAGCAAUCAUUAUUUUGGUUUAGAGAGCCAUAUGCAACCAUUGUGCUUGUUACCUGUGAGGAUCUUGAUGAGUUCAAGAACAUUCUGAAGCCACGCCUCAAGCACAUAGUUCAAAAUGAUGAAAAGGAAUGGUUUAUUGUUUUUGUGUCUAAAGCACCGGCGCACAGUGAUCAGGCUACUAAGAUGGCGAAAAAAGUAUAUGCGAAACUCGAGGUUGAUUUUAACACUAAGAAGAGGGAAAGGUGCUGCAAAUUUGAUUUGUAUGGACCCGAAUCACAUUUUUGGGAAGAUUUGGAGGGAAAAAUUAUGGAGUGCAUUAGAAAUACACUUGACCGGCGCAUUCAGUUUUAUGAAGAGGAAAUUCGCAAGCUCAGUGAACAGAGAUUCAUGCCAAUUUGGAACUUCUGCAAUUUUUUCAUCCUAAAGGAAAGUUUGGCCUUCAUGUUUGAGAUUGCUCAUCUCCAUGAAGAUGCUUUGCGUGAAUAUGAUGAGCUUGAACUCUGUUAUUUGGAAACAGUUAAUAUGAUAGGAAGACAAAGGGACUUUGGUGGACUGGAGCGAGGGGAUGAUCAGGCUAUGCUGCUUGACACUGGGAGAAAAGCAUUGACUCAGAUUGUUCAAGAUGAUUCAUUUAGGGAGUUUGAAUUUAGGCAAUAUCUAUUUGCCUGCCAAGCAAAGCUUCUCUUCAAACUCAACCGUCCAUAUGAAGUUGCAUCAAGGGGUUAUUCAUUCAUAAUUAGCUUCUCCAAGGCACUAGCACAGCAUGAGAGUAUAUUGCCAUUUUGUAUGCGUGAAAUCUGGGUUAUAACAGCCUGCUCUGCACUAGCAAGUGCAUCUGCUUCUCACUAUGAAGAUGGAUUAGCACCACUUGAUGUUGAAAAGGAAUUUUUCCGUGUUCAAGGCGAGCUGUAUGCCUUAUGCCGGACUAAGUUUAUGCGGCUGGGGUACUUGAUUGGCUAUGGAUCAGAUAUAGAAAGGAGUCCUGUCAACAGUGCUUCACUCAGCAUGCUGCCGUGGCCUAAGCCAGCAGUUUGGCCAUCACUUCCACCCGAUGCUUCAUCUGAGGUGCUUGCAAAAGAAAAGAUGAUUCUCCAAGAAUCUCCACGGCCUAAGCAUUUUGGCAUCCAGAGGAAGCCGCUGCCUCUUGAACCCUCUGUUCUGUUGCGUGAGGCUAAUCGCCGUCGAGCUUCUCUGUCAGCUGGAAAUAUGUUUGAAUUGAUUGAAGGCCGUCCUAAUUCCAAUGAUAGUUCAGGACCACAAUCUUCAAUGCCUAAAGCUAGUACAUUAUCCAUGUCAAGGACGUUCUCUUCACCUGGGAAUUUUGAGGGUUCAAUUGAUCGUCCUAUGAGACUAGCAGAAAUUUAUGUUGCUGCUGAGCAUGCUUUAAAGGCUUCAGUUUCUGAUGCUACAUUGUGGAACUCUUUGUCGUCUGUUGAGGAAUUCGAGAAGCGAUAUCUAGAUCUAUCAAAGGGUGCUGCAAACAACUACCACCGUUCUUGGUGGAAGAGGCAUGGAGUUGUCCUUGAUGGUGAAAUUGCUUCUGUUUAUCACAAGCAUGAAAAUUAUGAUGUAGCUGCUAAUUUGUAUGAGAAAGUUUGUGCUCUUUAUGCGGGUGAGGGAUGGGAGCACCUACUGGCUGAAGUUCUUCCAAAUUUAGCAGAAUGUCAGAAGAUUCUCAGUGACCAAGCCGGCUAUCUAUCUUCCUGUGUGAGAUUAUUGUCGUUAGACAAAUCAUUGUUCCUAACCAAGGAACGACAAGCAUUUCAAUCUGAAGUUGUCCGUCUUGCUCAUAGUGAAAUGGAGCAUCCUGUGCCCCUAGAUGUAUCAUCCUUAAUAACAUUUUCUGGCAGUCAGGGACCUCCCCUAGAGCUUUGCGAUGGGGACCCUGGCACACUUUCUGUUACUCUAUGGAGUGGGUUUCCAGAUGAUAUAACGCUCGAAUCUCUUAGUGUUACGCUGACCGCCACAAAUAAUACUGAUGAAGGUGCUAAGGCAAUAAAGAGGUCAGAACCUGUUGUACUAAGUCCUGGAAGGAAUAAUAUCGCCCUUUCUUUGCCUCCACAAAAACCAGGCUCCUAUGUUUUAGGGGUCCUCACAGGACAAAUUGGUCAGUUGAGAUUUAGAUCUCACAGUUUUUCGAAAGGUGGCCCUGCUGAUACUGAUGAUUUCAUGAGUUAUGAAAAACCUACACGCCCUAUUUUGAAGGUAGCAGAACCAAGGCCACUGGUUGAUCUUGCUGCUGCUGUUUCAUCUGGAUUGCUAAUGAAUGAAUCGCAGUGGGUUGGAGUAAUUGUUAGACCAAUUGACUACUCUCUUAAAGGGGCUGUACUGCACGUUGAUACUGGCCCUGGCUUGAGUAUUGAGAGCACACAUGGGAUUGAAAUUGAGAAGCAUGAGGUUGAGCCACAAAGCAAGGCCAGUUUUGAUAAUCAACCGAACGAUGGUUCUGCAUUGGGUGAUGAAAUUAAGCAAUUGAGUCUUGAAGAUAGUAAGAUCAAGUUACCUGACUGGACAAGCAAUAUUACUUCUGUUUUAUGGAUACCGUUACGGGCUGCCAGUGAUGGGCUACCAAAAGGGACUCCUGCAGGUACCGCUGUUUCUCAGAGGCAGAAUAUCGUCGAUGGUUUGAGGACUAUUGCUCUGAAACUUGAUUUUGGAGUUUCUCAUAAUCAGACAUUUGAAAAGACAAUUGCUGUGCAUUUUACUGAUCCUUUGCAUGUGAGUACAAGUCUUGCAGACAAAUGCAGUGACGGUAACUUGCUUUUGCAGGUAAUUCUGCAAUCACAAGUGAAAGCUUCACUAGUCAUCCAUGAUGCUUGGCUGGAUCUUCAAGACGGCUUAUCUCAUGCUGGAAAAGGUGAUGGGAGGCCAGCCUCUAAUUUCUUUCCGCUAACCGUCUCUCCUAAAUCAAGAGCUGGAAUUUUGUUUAGCAUCUGUUUAUCAGAAGUGCCUACGACAGGCGAAGCAUCAGAGUUGCAUCCAGAUAAUAUAUUGCAUAUAAGAUAUUCAAUUUCGGGCAGUAGAAAACUUGGAGCUCAUGGCCCUAUAGCCGAGGAACUUACAGCGUCCAAUGAUAAUAAGACGGCAUGUUUGACCUUUAGGAGUGUUCUUGCUUUAAAAAGACCAGUCCUCGAUCCUUUCCUUGCAGUGGGAUUCCUUUCUCUCCCAUCGACUGGUCUCCGAGUCGGCCAGUUCGUGACCAUGAAAUGGAGAGUCGAAAGAUUGAAAGACUCCGAGGAGAAUGAGCCUUCCGACUACCUUGAUGAGGUGCUAUACGAAAUUAAAGUCAAUUCCGAGAACUGGAUGAUUGCUGGAAGGAAAAGAGGAUAUGUUUCACUCUCCAAAAAGCAAGGGUCGAGGAUAGUGAUCUCCAUUCUAUGCUUGCCUCUGGUCGCUGGAUAUGUCCGUCCCCCUCAACUAGGCUUGCCAAAUGUCGGAGAUGCAAACAUAAGUUGUAAUCCACCCGGGCCUCAUCUGGUAUGCAUCAUGCCCCCCACCCUCAGCUCUUCGUACUGUAUACCUGCCACCUGAUCUCUCUCGUUGCUAGCGCGCAUUGAAGAAUUACUCUCGGGUUAGUUUUCUUCUUUAAAUGCAUUGCCUUGCUCUUGUUUUUUAUUUUAACCUCAAAUUUUGUAGGAUUCCCCACCCCCACCCCCCAUUUAUCUGUGUUCUAGUUUCUGGGAUUCAAUAGUGUUCGGUUUUAAGAAUAUAUAUAUAUAUAUAUGUAUGUAAUAGUUUGUGUUUAUGUUGUGGUUCUUG